AUGCACUACGGACAGCAUAUGAAACAAGAAGAGAUACAAAGGAUUUUGCGACCGGACACUAUCGUAUCUUGUCAGAUUCUAUCAUGGCUACACUCAGAGAACGUCUCUUCCAACGACAUUCAGAUUAAUGGUAACUGGGUCUCUUUCAAAGCGCCUGUUUCUCAAGCAGAGCAUAUGUUGAAGACAGAAUACUUUCACUACCAUCACCACACAGCGAAUAGCACGGUUCUCCGAACACUUGGCUACUCCUUGCCGAAUGAUAUACAUCCUCACGUUCAAUUGAUUCAACCAACAACGCGAUUUGGCAAUUUCAAUCCACUGAGCGCCUUACCGAUCGAUCAACCAAUUAUCGCCACACUAGAGGAUCUAAAGGCAGAGUGCGGAACAGUCAUCCGACCAGACUGCCUCAGAGAGCUGUAUGGUCUCAAUGAUCAUACAGCAACACCUUCUCCAUGGAAUCGAUUGGGUAUCUCGGGAUUUUUGAACCAAUAUGCCCGUCACAGUGAUUUCAAUCACUUCAGAAACAGGUUCCUGACAGGUGAGAUGGAGGAUGAUUUCACAGUGGUCACCAUUAAUAGCGGAAUCAAUGAUGAGAAAUCCCCUCAAAUGGCCACCGAGGCAAGUCUGGAUAUUCAGUACGCUGUUGCUAUGGCACACGGUACAUUGACGACUUUUUACAGCACGGGUGGUCGGGGUCCUCUUGUACCUGAUGCAGACCAGCCGGAUGCUAGUAACUCAGGAAACGAGCCUUUCCUAGAACAGCUGCACUAUCUCAUCGAUCUACCAGGUGACCAGCUCCCAGCGGUUCUUUCGACUUCAUACGGAGAAUCUGAGCAGAGUGUGCCUCCAUCAUACGCACGUGCAGUAUGUAGUCUCUUUGCCCAACUUGGCGCCCGAGGCGUGUCGGUUAUCUUCAGCAGUGGGGACUCCGGAGUGGGAAGUUCAUGCCAGAGCAAUGAUGGAUCCAAGAAAAUCAAAUUCAUUCCAGGGUUUCCAGCAUCUUGUCCAUUCGUUACCUCGGUCGGUGGAACAUCCGGGAUUAACCCAGAAGGAGCCGCUGGUUUCUCAGGGGGUGGAUUCUCCGAUUUGUUCCCUCGACCCGCAUACCAGGAUCAAGCAGUACAAGGCUAUUUUGAACGCUUAGACAACGAUCAAUGGAAGGGGCUGUAUAAUCCGAAGGGCCGAGGAAUCCCAGAUGUCGCAGCUCAGGCCAAGAACUUUCUCAUUCGCGACCAUAAGACAUGGUUCAAAAUAAGCGGAACCAGCGCUGCGGGACCAGUAUUCGCAGGCAUUGUGUCUCAGUUGAAUUCACUCCGUCUUGCGCAAGGAAAGCCUCGGAUGGGUUUCCUCAAUCCAUGGUUGUAUGCUAUCGGUAAGGCUGGGCUCACGGACAUUACAAAUGGAGGAUCCCGAGGGUGUUACGGGUUAAGCCAGACGGGAAUAAGUGUUCCUUAUGUUCCCUAUGCAAGCUGGAAUGCUACGGAAGGAUGGGAUCCUGUCAGUGGAUUGGGAACGCCCUUCUUCCAAACCUUAGCCGAGCUGGUCCUUUCCUCAGAUUCAUAUUGA